AUGUACCCACGUGGCUUUAACUAUAACAGGCCACCUUAUCCUGUGCCUGCACACGAGUCGCACUGUCCUCCACCUCUAUCUCACCCGCCUUAUGUUUAUAAUGCCCCUUCCCGUUAUACAUGCAGCUCAUAUCCCAGUACUGGUGCUUAUCCAGUGCAAAAUACCUCGCCUUCUUAUGGUCGAAUGCCUCAGCCGUUGACGCAUUAUGAAGACCCAAGGUAUAUGGAGAUAGGACCACGAGACGAGGCAGUCAUUCCGCUGCAUCAUCUUCCACAACGACCGCAACACGCCAGCGCCAUAGACUUCUCAGAACACCCUCGACAAUCCAUGGAGGGAGCCUCUCAUUUACUCCCGAGUUGCGAACAAGGUAAUGAGACUAUCUUAUUAUUGGUGUUCACAAAGAUCAACCCCUCGUUAAGUGUUAUGACUUCAAUUGAAGCACUUAACACUUUGUUUGGCAUGCACUUAAAAUGACUUUCAGCGUUCAUCAGCUUUGCCAACAUAGCACUGACAACUGGCAAGUAAAUUCGUGGAGGUGUGAGCGAUGAAACGUUAAUUUUUUGUGUGAAUUUGUCAGAAUGCUAUGCUAACACAUCAUAUAUACAUGGGACUAGUCUACUAACUAAAAGUAAGUGUGCACAGUAAGUAACUGAGUAAUAUUUAUAAGGAAGUGAGAUUGAUUUCUAAUAGAAACGUUUACCUUAAAUUUGUCACUACGGUAGAUUAAUGCCUUCAAAUUAAUGUUUCCUCUAAAUCCGUAAAACAAAAUUACUUUAACACCAAAGUAACUCAAUUUUAUCUUUCUGUGGUUUUCACGAAUCAGUUUCAUGUACAAAGUGUUCUCCCUAAACUAAAAUGAUGAGCUUGGAUCUUCCUAAUCAGUUUGUACUGACAAAUGUUAGUGCUUCUUCAACUAGAUUAUCCAUGAGCAGUCAAUACACAUACUACUGCAUAUAAUGUACUGAUACGUAACGUAUCGUUCUAGUGUACUUGAGUCUGUAUGUUAGUAAAUAGACAUUCUCUGGAACCGAUUUUAACCGCAAGAAGGACUUCCGCGAAGAAUCUAACUAGAGCAAAAAUUUAGGUACUGUAAAUUUCAAACUGAUUCAACAACUCACCGGUAUGUUCUCGAUAACUUUCAAUCCCUCAGAUAACGGAAUAGUCUUGUAGAUCAGUUAUGAUAAGAACGUUUUAAAAUACAGCCGAUAUUUGUAAUAAUUUGUUUUGCCGUUCCUUUCAAUAUUCGUGGUUAACCGCUAUCACUAAUAGCAUGUUUGAAUUGGAGGAAUUCGUUCUGUUACUGCAAAUACUGAAAAAUCGAUCACUUCAAUGCUGAUCUUCUCUAUCGAGAGGCGAACUCUUUAUAACAGAUCAGCAUCUGUUUUUUUCGGUCGGUAUUUACUGCUGGGUUUGGCAGUCAUAAUGUUUAUAACUGCAUAAAAGAAGUAAGAAAUUAUAUAGCUUCAUUUAUAAAAUGCUUUGGACUCUAAGAGAGAUUCACAAUUAUUUAUCAGUGACUGCGUAUUAGCGGCUGGAACCGAGUGGGCAAAGCUGUCAAAUAAUUUUGGUGAAAUUCUUUUAAACCUUUCAUAAAGACACUCAUCUGCAUUGGGGAUAGUUUCUAAGUUUCCACUACUUUCGUUUAGCCCCCUAUCGCGAUGUUAAUUCUUCACGAUUAUCAAUUAAAGUCCGUUCGCAGUCCCAUUCAGUGUUUGCAGAGCUGAAUAAUUACACACCCUGACUGUCAAGAAAGUUCUGGCAUUUAAUAGGCUGUUUGCAGGAUCUCUAAACAUUUGAGUAAAGAGUUCUAAUUCAGGUCAGUCGAAGCUGGUCAGUACAUAAAGGUAAUGAAUUUUUAUGUUCGAGCAAGUAAGUGAAAGUCUGCACCACGUAAACUAAAGGCUGCAUGGAUAGUCGCAAGCCGCGCAAAACGCGAGGUCGUUGUGGUCUCAUCGAAGACUGUUUAGAUUCCAGAAAAAUUCUCAAGCCUUGGCUUUGAAAAGUCAUCUUUUCGUUUGUACAAUCAACACCCCAUAACAAGCGGAGAUAAACCUUGAAGAUCUCAACUUCUAAAACGGUAAAAAAUAUUACUUCAGAGGACAACUCAGACACGGAAAUAAUUUUGUGGUACCAUGUUUUCCGGAUCGCCCUCAGUUAAGGAUCGAUUCGUCGCAUCUUCCAAGGAGUUGAACAAACAACCUCAAAAGCCAAGGCUAGUUAAACGUAAGAAUAAAGACGGCAAAAUUAUUCAUUAUUUAUUUCGAUCUAGGACCAGAUUUUGAAUCUCUAGUCUUGUUGGUAAAGCUUGUAUAUCAGUAUCUCCAAAGGGCAUACUAGGCAAAACCACAAAGAGUGCGGACCUAAUCAUAUGGUUUUCAAGUCUUUGCGCUUGGUUUCCACAUUAAAAUUUCCCUCUUGCCUUGAUAAAUCCCCGACGCCCUGGAAAUAGACGGCUAAAAGACUGACUGACUUGAUCCAGUUUGCGACAUCUCUUCUUCGAUCAAGUCACUUCAGAUGCGCUCAGCGUAGUCUGUGCACCCCGCCUUCUUGAAUUAGGGCUUUCCACAGUGGAUUAUAGAUACUAUGGGAAAACUGGAGCCAUAAGAAGAAAUCAUAGGACACUCAUCUAGUGGAAAAACCGGGAACAAACAGUAGUAGAUUCAAUUUAUGAAAUAAGGGAAAAAGUAGGAACCUUCAGUUGAGACAAACCUUGACAAAACGUCGGUUCUCUGAGCCAUGAGACGUGCGAGGAACACCAAGUGCAAGACAUUUGUGUGCAAGAUUUAAGACUCAGUUGUCGCAACUCUAAAUUGGGGAAUAUUUCCCGCAAACGGGAGUGAGCCUCAACUGUAUUCUGCUAUUGCUAGCAACGGCCAACUGUUAAGCAAAACUACAGGGAAUCCGGCUUACGGCGCAUAGUGAUAGCGAAUGUGUGAUGGCAUUAGGAGGUUUCACUUAAGUUUAUUAAACUGGCAUAAAAGUAAAGCAUUGUUAGGUUGCUGAUGAAGCAUUUCGAAUAAUGCAAACUUCUUAAAGAGCUCAUUUAACUGUAAUUUCAUAUCUUUUUCUCUAGUACCAAUUGAAAAAUACACGUUCUACUUUGGUUGUUUUCAAUUUACUCUGACUGAAUUUAGGCGGGUUUAUAUUAAUAGGAACCAAAGGUACGACAUCCAUGGAGAGUGUAACGAUUUUCACUGUUUCCUAUCGUUUUAUUCAUGUUUUUGAUUCAUACGUUCUACAUGUGAUUUACCAAAUACAGAACAGGAAGUUUCUAGCAUGUAUAACCGUUGGAAUAACCUACUACAAGGGUCUACAAGAGAAAGCGGCUCCGAAAGGUUUCAAAACAAUGAGAAUUGUUUGGCAAAAUUCCGAGUUUUGGCAGUUUAACUUGCUUUGAAGGGCUGACAAUUACAAUCCUGUAUGCAAUAAAGCCUGGCCUGGCAGGCUAGUGCCACUGAGUGUCUAGUAUAACUGCGUUUUUCAAACACCAACAACAUGUUCUGAAGUACUUUUAGGGGAUGAAAAUGACCAAACUAAAUAGACCUAUAGCGAGCGUCCAUAUUCAGUACCUGUUUGAGAAGAAUUGAAGAGCACAUUUUUACAGGAGGGUCUUCUCGAAACUUCUUUAUGCAAAGAAUCUCUUAACCAUUAUACUUUUGCUGAACAGGGAAUCGAAAGCAUUGUCACCACGGGUCAAAAAACAAGUCUAAUUCCGAAACACCGUUAUAUAUGAAGGGGAAUGAUGUCUGCAUGUGUUAAAGGUACUAAAGCUCAUUUAUUCAGUUUUUUAAAGAUUUUGCUUCUUUAGACUGAAUCGUCAGCACAGAAAACUUAUGAAGCUUCAUUUUAUUCUUUCAUGUCUGCACGAUGAAUUAUGGAUGCUUUACGCUCCGCCGUCAAAACUGAAAGAGUCAGAAUUUCGGCCACACUCAAAGGCCAGAACUCCUCUCAAAACCGCACCGGAUAAAAGUACUACUCAGGAGGCUCGGCUAGCUUGUACACACAUUUUAUUCACGACUUAUACACUACCUUACACAUCUUAAGAAACCAUAGGAAAAUACGGUAGAGCUUAGUAUGAAAACAGCACAACAGGAAAGAACUUAUUAAAACGGAGCUUUCAUUUGAAUGAUCAAGAUUUCACCCAAGGUCGGCUAGGUCCGCUUUGCGAGUAAAAUAUACAGUAUUACAGGAAAGUAAUGCUCAGUAGCUUUCACUUGAGUGGUUGCACUUUCGGAUUUCAUCCACGGACUCAAAAGUUAAAACCACGUUGUGCAGCAUAAUAAAAUGUACCAAAGGAUAGUACUGCUCAGUAGCUUUCAUUUGAAUGGUCACACUUUAAGAUUUAAUGCAAGACUCAAAAGUUAGCCCCACUUUCUACAGCAUGAUAACCACCUACUUUCGAAUUUCAUUCGUCAAGUCGGGACCAUUUUGCAGAAAAGCAGGAAAAUAAUCUCUUGGGGGAAAUAUCUUUUCAUACUAUAAAUGGACUUCAAAAAUGUGAGUGUCGCCGGCUACACAAUCAAGCUGGUGAGAGCCAUCACUGAAUUUGGAAAACAUUUGGAGAACAUGUUUAGGUAUUCGGUUCUACUUACUGAUGCCUAAUUAUUUUUGCAAACAUUUGUUGUUAAAAAGGAAGCGUUUCUCAAAAGACAUGUUGCGCACAGUCACAUCAUGAUAAAUAUGCGGUCAACCAAAGGAUUUUACUCUUAAAUGUAAUCCCUCUUUCGGCUUCUUUAGGGAUUUCCUAUCUGUAAUAUUUUGUUAACAGGAUUUAAGGUGUAUCUAAGUAAUAGAUUUUUCAGUCACUGAAAGGCUAAAUGCAGUUUGUAGAGCAUUAGAAACUGUGAACGAAGGAGGGCGACCGCGGUCCUUUGCACCAGAUACACGUACGGGAUACUGACUAGGCCGUCAGUGAAUUUUCAAAAUGAAAACUGGUUGCCGGAAACAAUCGGUUAAAUUGGUCAGUUUUUAACCUCCUUGAAAAAAGCAGUUUUAAGCCAUUUUCAAUUUUAAUACGUUUUUUCACUGGCAAAAAAAAGCCGUAACUAAGUGGUUUCGUGAGAUAACCUGGGCAAAAUUCAAAACGUCCCUGUCAAGCGUUUGAUCUCUUUGUUUAUGGUUGAAAAUUCAUGAUAAGGACUCUUUGUCUGGAAAUUUGGAUUAGCCAUAUUCCUAACCCUUGAAGCUUGUUUUUAUUUGUUUGUUCUAAGAGUGUUUCAUUUUUCGGGACAAAAGUCAAACUUAGAUAUUCACAUUUUGGUUUUUCUUUAUCCAGUUCUCAAAGCAGAGCACAGUGACCCAGUCGGCCACUAGAUCCUUCGUCUCGACGGUCCAACCUCAGGAAGUUUUUGCUUUUUCACCAGGGCCGGAAUAAAAAUUACAGAGAAUUAUCAUAAUAAAUUAGUGCGUUAGACUUGUUGUGAAUUGAAUAAAAAUGUGUAAAUUCUCAAUUUUCGUUCGAAAUGCGUGAGCGACCAGCGAUUUAUUUUAAUAGAGCCUCAUAAUUAAGACCUGAGAACUGGCUCGAUCGGUGGGUUGGCCUAAAUAAGUAGUAAGUAACUUUAUGUGAUAAAAUUAAUCAUUGGGGCUCUGUCGUCGCAAUCUGCGCUUUUUUAACAGUCAGACGGUUACCCGCAACUUGUAAUAGAAAGCAAUUUUCAGUCGUAUAAUUCGCUGGUAAACCGGCGGAACUCGACUUUUCGAAUUCCUCAAAUGGAGUAAAAAGCCUCACCGAAAUAUAUAUUAUCUGCGUAUCAUUUGAGCAUAUGUUGGUAAUUUUUUUUGAAAAAACCGAGGUUUUGUUCUUUAAUUGGAAAGGUUUUUUUACUGCCACAAUUUUACCUAAAAGUAAAUACAUCUUGGGAAAUGAAAUAAUUUAACGUCUCAUUUGCUGGGAAAUAAACUGUGGUUUUUUACACACUUUUAAUUAAUUUUGUUGCUUUUGCAGCUGCGAAAACCGGAAAAUCCGGCGGAAAGAAAAGAAAAGAAAGAACAGCCUUUACCAAGCAUCAAAUUCAAGAAUUGGAAAACGAAUUUCAGAGAAAUAAUUACUUAACCAGGCUCAGAAGAUACGAGAUCGCCGUGAGUUUAGACUUGACAGAAAGACAGGUCAAAGUUUGGUUUCAAAACCGCCGAAUGAAAUGGAAACGCGUGAAAGGAAAAAGAUUGGAAAAGAAACCCUCGACAAAUCGACUGAGCUCAAGUUCCGAUGAGGAUAAAGCGAAGGAAAUUCAUAUGUAG